AUGGAGCUACAGAAUCAGAUAUACGUGAUGAUUGCCGUGUUUGGAGGGUUGACCGCGUUGCUACUAGUGCUGACCGUUAUGCUCGCCGUGUAUGUGAAGAAAACUCGGACAUUACUCGAAGACUACAAGCUAACCGAUGCAUCACAUUCGAACGGAAUGAUUGACGGUGAUAGACGCGAUCGAAGGCGAAUGGAUCACACCUCAGCAGCUCAACAUGGCUACCCGAUGGAUGUGUUUGGCCAUGGAAUGGGGUCCAAAGCCGAUCAAACGAAAGCCCGUAACGAUUACAUGCACAACGGGCGAAACAUUAACGGAAAUCGACAUCAAGCGUCAGGACCCUACCGGAACGAUGUCGAGGUCGGCAUGGGAUAUAUGGGUGGGAAACGGGGUGUAGAAAAACCGAUGAAGCCCACACCACCCCACAAACCACCCCGCAGUCAGGCCAGCGUAGAGGACUCGGCGCUGGAGCUAGAGGUAGCCAACAUCUUCGAUAUGGACGAGCUGGAUGAGGAGGAUCUGUCCGACUUUAACAGUGGGCCCGUUGACGGAAAGGACCAGCGCUAUAUGGCGAACGGAGCAGAUGGUCCGCCGGGUCGUUCGAAACGGCCUCCAACGAACGGGCAUCAGUACGAGCGUGAAAUGGGCCGGAACGGAGCGAACGAAGGCCGUGCCAAUCGGUUCCAAAACCCUCACGCAGCCAUGAAGCCGAAGGGUGGAGGUAACGUGCGAGGGUUCACGGGAGAUGAUGGGAUGACGGGUGGGAAGCAAAACCAGGGAUACUUUGACGAUAGGGGCAGCAUGUACUGA